AGCACUGGCCACGCAGAUUUCAGUGGAGCUUGGACCGAGCGCGGUGCCGUACGUAUGAGUAAUUUUUAAAGUGUCCCUCCCCAGUGUCCCCAGUGCAGCAGCAGCAGUCGUCAUCGCAGUCGCAGUCGCGGGUGAAUCGAGUGGCCAAAGGAAUUCUCAUACGAAGGAAUGUGCGCGAAUUUCGCGAAUAAAAUAAUAAUAAUUUAAUUGUGAAUUUAAACUAUAAAAUCGAAGCCUCAAAAUGUCAAUGGAUCCAACAGUUUCCUUGGACGAUCUGGAGCGUCGACGACGUCGUGCCAGCUCGGUGCGGAAGGCGUCACAGACGCCGCAACCGCCGCCCCAUUUGGCCGACUCGGAGGCCAUGGCCGUGAUCAAUGAGAUAUUCAAUCCGUCGCUUAAGCUGCCCGACAGCAGUGGCCACUACACGCUGCCGGAGGAGAUGACCGCUGAGGAUGAUGUGGCCCCCCACGAACUGGACAUUUCGAAGCUGGCGGAGCUGAAGGAAGUUUUCGCGCUCUUCGAUACGGACUGCGAUGGCCUGAUAUCGAAGGAUGAUCUGCGCUUCACCUACACGGCCCUCGGCAAUGAGGCCAACGAGCCGCUGCUGGAGCAGAUGAUGCUGGAGGCCAAAGAGCCGCUCGACUAUGAGGCCUUUGUGCGCCUGAUGUCGCGACGCACACAGGAACUGGACCCCGAGGAGGUGCUGCUAGAGGCAUGGAGCAAAUGGGAUGACCAUGGCACGGGCAAGAUCGAUGAGCGCAGAAUGUACGAGGAACUGACCAACUAUGGCGACAAAAUGAGCCUCAACGAGGCCAAAGAGGCGCUCAGUCAUGCGCCCAUGGCCAAGCCCAAGUCCCUGGAGGAGCCGCCGAUGAUCGAUUAUCCAGCCUUUUGCCGCAUGCUUGGCGGAAUGCGCAAGCGGAAAGGAAACUAACAAUCAAAAUGGAAUAUACAUAUUUUUUUUUGUGUUUGUUUUUCCAACAAUCUGAAUGGUUUUCGAGAGCACAGGACUUGUCGUAUCCCACCAUUAAUUUCCCCUAAAGAUUAUGCAAAAUUUAAACAUUUUCCCAUUACGUACGAAAUUCUUGCCCAGAAGAGGAAAAAUCCCUGCUAUUAAAAGGAUUUUCCUCGUAGCCAUGCAGGGAAGGGAGCUUGCUCCUUUUUCCCAAUAAAUUUGGCAGCUCCAAAGAUAUGGGAAAACCACUUGAAUAUCUGCUGACUCGGCAGCUGCUUUCAAUAUCACAAUCGAAUAACUCUUAGCGCCAACUUUUGUUCGACUUUUUAUCAAAAUAAAUCGCAAGGAACCAAAAGAG